UUUAUUCACAUAAAUACCUGUAAUUUUAUUUUGAAAAUCGUACCCGGAAGUGUGCAUGCUAAAUGAAAUCAGGUAGCUACAGCAAUGAGCUACGCACUGACAGUCUGUGGUUGAAUUGCAGAGGUGUGUUGAUGACAAAUCUGCCAAACUAUCAGUGACUUUCUAAAAAAAAAAAGACCUCUGCGGCGAAACCGAUCUGAAUCUGAUUACACCACAUCAAGGAGUUUGGUCAGGCCAAAGCCUAGGGAUUGGCAGGCAUUGAUUAUGGCUCUGUCGUUCCUUCUGGUCUUGGCUGCAACUGUGAUUAUGAUCAGACCCGAGACACCUGUCACUAAGGCUUUACAUCAGAACUCGCUUGAGUGCUGCAGCGAGAAACAGAGAGGGAACAAUUCAUGUUCGAAUGACACCCACUGUGAGCCAGGAUGCUUCUUGCGUGUCCUUGAGAACAGCAACACUGUCUGCAUAUUCUGUGACUCAGCAGCUGUGGAUUUGGAUAACAUAACAGUCUGCACCUACAACUAUACAUUGGAAAAGAAAAAUCACACAACUGUAACGACUGUCAUUCCAAAAAUUGGAGGGCCAGGUGUCGCAGCCUCUCUUCUUCUGGGAACACUGUUGAUCAGCCUGUUCCUGAUCCUCUCUGUUGCCUCCUUUUUCUACCUCAAACGCUCCAACAGACUCCCAAACAUCUUCUACCGCCGCAACAAAGCCUUCAUAUUCCAACCAAGUGAGACAGCUGUAAUGAUCCCCUCCUCGACAGUGAGGAAGCCAAGAUAUGUCAGAAGGGAGAGGCCCGCUGCACCCGCCGUACCUACCACAUCCACCACCCAGGUUUAUAAUGUGUAGGAGGGGGAAGAGUAGGAGGAGGGGAGGGAGUGCUGGUAGGAGAGAACGCUCAGGAACGAUGUAAGGUUUUCUUCUUAUCAUGUGAAGGUUCAGCAGUGUGAAGAACACCAGGUGGCUUGUACUGUACGUAGGUAGCCAUAUUUAACUGAAGCUGCUUAUGCUGCAUUAUUGUCACUCGGGCUGUUACUUUUCCUCUAUUUUACAAGAGUGUGGGCUGUAUUAAAAAAAGUCUUCUUGACACAGUCUCUAUGACUAAUUUAUGUUAAAUGUGUUUUUUUUUUACAAAACUAGUUUCAGUAUUUCUCUGUACGUUUUAAACCUUACAGGCUGGUUUGUUUUUACAAGUUAACACUGUUAUUAUCCAUCUGCUGUUUGAACUAUGUCAUCAGUUUACUUAUUUAGAUGGUUUCGAUAUGUGGACCUGUCGAAUUAAGAAAUGUUUUGACAUUAAGCUUCUUCUCAUCUUAUGUGUAUAACAACUGACAUGGGAAAACUUUUCCACUUGGUACGGGUCCCACUACUUGUGAAUUAUCGCUUUUACACUUUGGUUUUUUGAUUUAUCGAACAAUAUUACAGUUGUGAUGAGAGCUUAAAGGUGCUGGUGAGCAGAUCUGUUACCUUGAGACAAAGCCAGGCUAGCUGUUUGCAGCCGUAUGCUAAGCUACGCUAACCGGCUGCUGUCUAUAGCCAUAUUUCUAACAGAUCUGACAGUGGUAUUGAUUUUCUUAUCUAACUCACUGCAAGAAGGCGGAUAAACUUGUUUUUUCUAAUGUCCAACUACUCCUUUUACAGCAAAUAACUAUAAAGCCAGUGACCAAGUGACAGGGCUUUUUUAGGGGGGGGGAAAGUGACAGCCCAGUGACAUUUUAUAUUUUGCUAAAUAGAAUGUUAUUUACCUGUGAUAUUUAUUUACAUUUUGUGAAGUGCACUGAGGUUUACUGAUUACAAUCAGACCAACUGAAUAUAUGAUGUGUCAAAUAGCGGGGUAUUUUAGAGCGAGUUACUAAAGGCACUGUAUGGAUGAAUGUGUUAUUGCUUUAGUUUUUUUAUUAUUGCAUUUGUAUUUAUUGUUUUUGUGAGCUUAAUCAAGGUGAAUGUAUUACUCAUGAACAAUGGCAUUGUGCAUCGCAUCAUACAUUUUAUUCCACAACAGACCCAGUGAAACAUGAAAGAGGUGAAGAAUUUAAAGUUCAUAUUUUUAUAUAGGAAGGACUGUCAUCUGACAUUUAAAAUGCAUAUUUUUGUCCCUAAAGUAUAUCUAGAUUCCAAUAGAUCUCUUUCCUUUAGGAAUAUAAAAUGACUGAAUCCUUGUGCACUUUAUUCGUCUGAGGUCAUCCUUUUAAAAGAAAAUCUCAAGACUAGUUGCCAACAAGUGUGAUUGUGAUUUGUGUUGUUGUUGUAUGGAUGGCAACAUAUUGCUGCAUUUUGAAUUUUACUUGACUUCUAUUAACUUUUUGCCAAAUGUUGUCUGAAGAAAACUGUGUGCCAUUACUGUGAUUACUGUGCCAUUAUCAGCUUUAAAACAGCCAGGAAACAUUUAAGAAUGAUGUGAGGAAUAAUUGGGUAUUUAAAUUAUAUCCAGUGGCCUUUACUGUACACUAUCCUAAAACGAGGCUAGAUAUCUAAGUUUUAUUUGCUAUUUAACUACAUAUAUUUCUGUAUGUUGACGACACUAAAGCAACAUGAAGUGAACCAGAUAAAAGGCAGCAAUCAAACUAUGAAUAUUCCCCUUGAUGUGUUUGACUUACAGACAAACAUUAGCUUGAAACAUGUACAUAUUGUUUUAUACAAAUAACGUAUUGCUUUUGUAAUGAGGUAAUGUACAUAUUCUAGUUUCAAUGCCAUGCAGAAUUAUGUAUGUAAUGUUUGGAGAAAUAAAGCACCUUUCCAUAACCAUUGUUUCCCUCAGUUAAAUGAACUCACGCUGCUGUGUUUUCAUAUCGUUCAAAGACAAAUGUAAAAGUUGUUAUGUUUCUUUUAUGAUUACUGCUGCUAAUAAAUAAAGAGAAUAAAUCAUUCCUAA